AUGCCUGAUACCUGGGCGCGACGUGCCGGCGUCGUGGCCGACGAAACGGCCGCUGGUACCCUUCAGCAUUACUAUAUCAAAUCUCUGAUAAACGGCUACGGGUAUUUACCACACCGGAAGCCUUUGAGCGGUUGGCUGGUAGAGGAUGAGGCGACGAGCGAUGAGCGGGACGUCGCGCAGUCGACCUUGGACCCUGCGUUGUUGGAUGAAUACGAGGCUUUGAUCCGAGACCCCCUCACUGGUGAUGACUUGCUCUUCAGAGACGAUCCUUGA